UAUUUUACUACAGGAAUAGCGCUAUGAGAAAAGUGAAGGAUGUACAGACAUGGGAUAUUGAAACAGUGAAAUAAUGGUAACUAGCAUCAACCCAACGUAAUGUAGGAUACAAAGCGAUGGUUCGAGAAACUAGGUACCUCUUUGUAGGAAAUUUACCGGAAAAAGUCACAGAGGAUGAGGUGUUUGAACACUUUAAGCGAUAUGGAAAGAUUCAAAGUGUGAAAUUCCAUGACAAGAAGGAAGAUGAGGAGGGCAUAUCGGCCACCGUAGCAUUCGGGGACAUCAAGUCGGCGUCAAAGGCGCACAACAGUGAAAAUACAAUCGACAGCAAGUCAUUGGUGACGGCGUAUAGCGAGGGUUCGGCGACAGGAAGUGCCGUCACGCGCACCAGACAGGAACCUGUCCCCCGCGCACCAGCUUUUACCCCCCACACACGCCCAACACCCUAUACUAAUAGACCUAAGGGAGCAGAGGAGGGGGAGACGUACGAUAACAGAGAUUACUACAGUAGUGGAGCAGGCACCAGAGACCCUGCUCAGUUUGAGAACCGAUUUCCACCGCCCUUUAACGAGAAUGGCCAGAACCAGACACGUGGUCGUCCCAGAGAACGCUUCUUCAGAGGGGGAUUCAAGGGAAACCAUAAUCAGCGACAGUUUGGAUCACGCCACAUGGAAGGUCAUAGGUCGUUUGACCACUCCCCUAUGGAGACACGAGAUGCAGCGUUUGAUCGUCCCAAAACUCAGCCCUCUCCCACACACUCCACAUCUCGUUCUAGUCGGCACAGCUCCACACGCAAACAACGCAGUUCAAGGUCAAAUUCAAGGUCGAGGUCAAACUCUAGCUCGAGUAGCAGUUACAGCAGGUCGUCCUCAGGCAGCAGUGAUUCAGGCUCCGAUUCUCACAGCAGUAGGAGUAGUGGUCGCAGCAGUCCAAGACACCACCAAAUACCGUCAGCGGCAAUAAUACCUCCACAGGCCAAAUCCCACCGCACCGAGUCCCAGGACUCGUCCGCCAGUGACAAGUCAACGGAGCGGGACCCCCUCGACAAACGGCCCCAUGGGAUAUGUAUCACAGCCCUCCCACUGCGCUCUAGCGAUACAAGUCUGAGAGAUGGUCUUUUCCAUGAGUACAAGAAGUACGGGAAAGUGAACGCUGUACAGGUGGCAGGGUCCAAUGAUGAUAGAUAUGCCAUCGUUAGCUUUAAAAAGGCAGAAGAUGCUGAGAAGGCAUAUGAAGCCAGCUUGGACAAAACAUUCUUCGGGGCGAGAAUCAAGGUCCAAGUACAUGAAGGCAUUGCGGACACAGAGGACAAUGAAUUCCGACCUCCAGAGGCUGAACUGGACGAGUAUCAUCCAAAAGCCACACGCACAUUGUUUGUGGGCAACCUAGAGAAAGACAUCACCACACAGGAACUCCGAGACAGAUUUGGCGAAUACGGGGAAAUAAUAAGAAUGUCGUAUGAGGACUACAGUCAGGGAAGUGGUGGCCCAGCCAGUACUGACACCCCCUAUACCGAGGGAGGAGAGGACUCAUUCGAGCAGGACCUACGAGCUUACAGUCACAGUCAACGUGAACGUCGCGAAGCUGGAGGGAGCCAGAGCCCUACCCAGUACACCGACGAAAUGUAUACAGAAUUGUAUCGUCGGAACAGUAAAGACGGUCGUUACGCAGAGCGUACAUACAAAGACAGAUAUUCUGUGGAUUAUCGCAGUGAAAGUCCAGGUAGUGAUCGUGCAUCUGGCUACCCUGAAGACUUGCGAUAUGAGUUUGGUGGCAAAGGUCGCGCUGAGGACAAAUACUUCAACCAAGAACGGUAUAUUCCUGGUCGUGAGAAAGACCAAAGUCCAUCAGGCGAGUACGGACAUUAUUCUCCGGAGGGGCGCAGUUGGAGUCGAUCCCCCUCAUAUGGACGACAGCACAAGGAAAACUUUGGUAAACACACUCCACCCACACCGCUGGGGGACGAACUCGAAGACUCUCAGGAUCCCGGUCCAAUGGAUACUGAAGGUUCACAACAUCACUCCCUGGAUUAUAAAUCAAAAUCAGGGAAAAUGGACGAUUUCGACAUAAGUGAAGCAGACAUUCAGGAAAUACGUUCUACUUACCCAAACAGAAAAGAACCACUUGUAAUACGCUCUGAGGGUAGGCUAGUGAAAAAACGAUCUUAUGAUGACACGUUUCAUGGACAAUAUGACAUGAAAUUCGAUCAACGUCGUGGCCGUACUCAUGCAGAAUUUAAACGGGACUUAUUCCAGAAAGUACAAGAAAUAAGUGACAAAAUGUCGAGACAUAAAGAAUCAUCGGGCAAUCAUAACGAUAGUAGCCCAAGUUCUUCUGCGAGUACAGAGUCAGAACACGGGUCUCUGACAGAGGGAGAACUUACAAAACUUCAACACGAAAAACUCCAGCUGCUGGAGAAACUUAAUCAAUUAGAAAAUGAGGGCAGUGCUAGUGAUAAUGAGUCUGCCGAUAUUGAGGACACACGUAAAGUAGUGACAAAACGUCCCCGCCUCGACCCCUGGCAGGGCAAGACGGGACAACGGCUUGGUAGUGUGAUAGUUUCGGCUCGCAAGAGCUCGCAUUCGUCGGAUUACCAGGAUCCAUACAAAGUGGACAAUACACAAAGUUAUAGGAAACAAAUGGAAGCCUUCCGUAAAAUCGAGGAACAAAAUGUGAUAGAGGAUGGACAUGGGCUUAAGGACAUUAAAACUGUCAAAUCUGUGAUAGGAUACGACAGUGAAGGCGAGGACACAUCAAUGCUAUUAUCUCCCAGAGAAAUACCCUCAGCUUUUAUCAUGAAAAAACGGAAAAAGUACGAUGGCCCGGAUGAAAUCGGUUUAAAAGGACAAAGGUCGUAUCGGACAAAACGCGGUGGCGAUGAGGACGAUCAUGUCAGUAGUGAUAAUGAGGAAGCUGGCAAAGGAUUUAAUCGGACAGACUCUAUUGUGUCGUUACGUAGACUGUCCAGUGGUCACUCCUCGCCGCGAACACCCAUUGUGGCACAGUCAAUGGACCAUUAUAGAUAUAGUGAAUCAGACUUGUCAGCAAGCGAAGGUUUGGGACCUUCUUCAUCCAGAAUGAAAGGUUCUGCAAAGAAAUUGUCAGAGUCCGACAGCCAAAUUGGUGUCAGUCGGAUUCAUAAAGAGGAACAUCAACUGAUCAUGAUUCCCCUCGGUGAUGAGUUAUUACCAAAUUUAGACUUAAAAGACCCCCGUCAACAGCGCCCCCAUGAGGAGGAGCUGAUGUUUCUACCUCUACCCCGGUUCGCUAGUUACACACGUCCGCUAAUGAUUCAACCAAUUCAUCUAGGUUCACCAAAGUAUGUGGAUAUUAAAAAUCAGGAUUCGCCAUGUUUUUCACCUCCUAGCAGUGGGAGUAAGACUCAUUCCCCACAGAUGUCCCCUAGUGAUUCUAAUUCUGGGGAAUCGCAAGGACUACCAAAAAUAGAUGCGAAUAAUUAUUUCCCACCCGAGGAGGAAGUGUCGCAAUCAGCAGUUGUGUCAGCUCCGGGGAGCGAAAAUGAACAGGAAAAAAGCAAAAAGGAGGAUGAGAAUUUGUCUGACAGUGAUAUUUGUCAGGAGGAAGGAACUGUGGUUACGGAAAAAAAAUUGGAUGAUUUAUCAAUUGAGGAGAGAAUUCGGAGGCUAGAUGAGAAAAUGAGUCGGCCUGCCCCAAAUCCUCCUAAUAAAUUGCCGGAUCAAUUAACAGCAAUUAGUAUACCAUCUCUGUCAGCUGCUAAUGUCCCCGUACCCAAUACAGACAUGUAUUCCAAAUAUAAGCGCCGUAAAAAGCAGGAUUCCACUGGAUCAGCGAGUGGUGAUUCGAAGUCAGAGCCGUCUGAAAUAGUGCGAACUUUGUUGUCACGUAGUAGUAUAUUUGAUCAGGACACUCGCAGACUGGAGCAGAUCAAUGAAAAAUAUUGCCCCAAGUCUGUCCUUGUGAACGCGGACGAAAAUCCUAAAAGUGGAAUGAUACGGACCAAGGCGGCAGCAAAGGAAAUGCCGCUGUCAACACUGCCACAGUCCCUAGCCGCGAGGCUGGGGUCAGCUGGUGCAGCCUCAUUCCCAACUCUAUCUGUGAAUACCAACAUGGCAAACCAGCAAGCAUCACAUCUUCCAUUCAUGAGCCCUUCACCCAACUCAUCACCUCGGAGUCCGUUUGCCGCGCCCGGUAGCGUUUUAUCUGGCGAGGUACCGUCCCCAUCCACGACAAACCCGUACGAUGGUACACAGACUCCACCGCCCACAGACGAUUUGUGUCCUAAUGAACUAGACAAUUUUGAGGACAUGUUUCAGGAAUCCUCAUCCUGUGUAACCGACUCGCCAAAUUUUACUUCGUCCACUUUCCCUCAGUCCCAUUCUCUGUCUCACCCGACCAUGAGCGAGGACAAUAAUAUCUCGUUGCUAAAGUGUUCAGACAGUCCCAGACUGACCCCUUCAUUCAUUGGUCAGUCCGGUCCACCUACAAAUAAUUCCUCGGCAGUCAGUAAUUCAAUUGAGGAGCCUUCAAAAUCACACAUUCAAAACAGCUCAGAGAGUCUGUCACAUCAACCCUCAACAGAUGACAUAUCUUUAAAUGACGUUAAUAAAUCAUCAGAUCUCGUUGACUCGAAACCAAUUGUGAAUGUGAAAGAGGAGAGUGACGUUAAAGAAUUUGUCCAAGAACAGCAAUCUCAAAAUGUACCCAACAGUGAUGUAACGAACAGUAUAGUUAAUGCUGAGGUAAAAGACGACGGUCCGAAACCCGAAACGUCUGUGGCGCAGGCAUUGUUUAUGACCGAUAAUAAGCCAGAUUUGGCAGCUUUGGGUAAAAGGAAGGCGAAUACAGAGGAACCAAUGUCUGAAACCGGUGUUAAGGUUGCUGAAAUGUCCCUCAAGGUCGAACCAACGAUUCAGGAUGUUAAAGUGGAGGAUACGUCGAAAUCUCCAGAAACAAAGAAAGCCAAGAUUAUUGCCGAGGAAAGUAACUCUCCAGUGAAAAAUAAAAAUGAGGUUAUUACAGAUAAGAAAGAUAAGGACAAAAAGGAUAAAAAUAAGGAAAACAAGAAAAAGGAGAGCUCGGAUGGGGAAAUAAAUACUGUCAACCACAACAAAGACAAAAGCGAGAAAAAGGAUAAGGAUAAGGACAAAGACAAAUCAGGGGGCAGUGGCAAGUCCUCAAAGUCUGUGUCGUCCAAGGUCAAGGACAAUGCCACAGCAUCUGCAAAGAAGGACAAAAAUACUGAAACUUCGUCGCACAAACACAAAUCUUCCAAAAGUGACAAAUCUAAGGAUAAACAAAGCAAGGAAGGACAUAGUAAGAAAAGCAAAGACCAUUCUUCUGUAAAACCCAGCAAGGACGACAAGCCAGCAAAUAAGGUGGAUAGUACACCCAAGUCCACAGAAACUGACUCGACGAAUCAGGAGAAGGCCAAGUCCAAAGACGGCCAUAAAGAAAAUAAUUCUAGUCAACUUAACAAAGACACGCCUGCCGAGAAACCAACUAGUCAGUCCGGACACUCGGCAAAAAAGAAAGACGGUCAAACUGGACAUUCCAGUAAGAUUACAAAAGAUUCAGUGAAGGAUUCGGCAAAAGAUUUGGCAAAAGAUUCAACAAAAGAUUCAGUAAAGGAUUCGGCAAAAGAUUCGGCAAAAGAUUCGACAAAAGAUUCAGUAAAGGAUUCGGCAAAAGAUUCGACAAAAGAUUCAGUAAAGGAUUCGACAAGCUCGGUCAAGGGUAAGGAGAGUGGGGAGCCUACAUUGGCGUUGUCUAAAGACUCCAAGCCCAGUCCUGAUAAGCAGGCUGGUGCAGACUUAUCCAAAACCAAGACUAAAACAGGAGAAGGCUCCAAGCAUAAGACAUCAGAAACCAAGCACAAGGAUAAAACAGGUGGUGAAUCGCAUAAACACAAAGAUAAAACUCCAGGCGACGCGGGUAAGCAUAAGGACAAAAGUGCUAGCGGUGAUGCGAGCAAGCACAAGGACAAGCCAUCUACAGAGGCCAGCAAGCAUAAACCUGCUGGUGAAACCAAGCACAAGGACAAAACGCAAAUGUCCGAGUCGAAGCACAAGUCUGGAGAUAGUUCUAAACACAAAACAAAAACAAAGGACGGGGAACCCAGUCAGGCGAAAGAAAAGCCUGUCACAAAGGAAGUCGAAACCAAUAAGGUUAAGGAUCAAAGUGCUGCUAAGGAGGGGGACACCGUAAAACCCAAAGAACAAUCGACGGCUGCUGAAGGAGAGCAGGCCAAGCACAAGGAUAAGACGAAAACAUCUAGUCACACAAAAACUAAAAAGGACGAAGGGAAGCCUAAAGCCAGUGCAGUAGACAAGGCCACAUGCAAGGAAAAGCCAAGUGGGAACGACAAAGAUAAGGACAAAAGUCACAAGGACAAGAAUUCAAGUGGUCAGUCUAAAGGGGACAGUAAAGGUAGUGGACAUCAGGACGCAAGAGUGGAGAAACAGAAAUCCACGGAACACCACAGCUCCAAUAAAAACAAACCAUCAGAAUCCACAGACAAAAGCAAGGAUGGGAAAAAGCAGGAAACUGAAAAUAAAGGUGACAAGGGAAAGGACGGAAAGUCGUCUGAACAACACGACGAUAAAGGGAAAGUGAACGAGUCCAUGUCCGAUAAAGGUCAUAAAAGUACGGAAAAACAACGUCCAGAGAAAAAGUCAAGUGUUAAGGGAAGUAACUCUGAUCGUAAGUCUGAAAGUGAAGAUUUUGGUUCUGAGAAUAAGAAGGAAGGAAAAAAGGAAAAAUCUCACAAACUUUCUGUUGGAAAGAAAAAUAAGGAUAAGAACAACGCUGUAAAACCUGACAUGGAAAAUAGUAAACCACCCCCUAAAUCUGACUCGGACAAACCCAAGAAAAACAAGACACCAAAAUCUAAAGAAAUUGUGGAAAGUAAGUCGACUGAUAAAUCUGGUAGCAAGUCGGACAAGUCAGACAAGUCAGACAAGUCGGACAAAUCGGACAAAUCGGAUAAGUGGGAUAAAUUGGAUAAAUCGGAUAAAUCGGAUAAGUGGGAUAAGUUGGACAAAUCGGAUAAGUGGGAUAAAUGUGAUAAAUCUGAUAAAUCGGACAAAUCAGAUAAAUCAGACAGAUCAGAUAAAUCAGACAAAUCAGACAAGUCUGAUAAAUCAGCAGAGAAAAAGCCUGUCGAAGAAGUGGAUGAUUUUAACUGGGCUGAAUGGGCAGGUCCUUAUGUGUCUAUGUAUGACAAGGUCAAGCGAAGGUCAAACACCAAGGUCAAGGAGAAGGAAAUGGAUGACAUGAAAAAGAAGAUGGAUAACUUUAAACAAAGGCGGAAAAAGAGGAAUAAACAUAGUGAUGAUUCGGAUGAUUGUACGUUCACAUCAGAUGAGGAUGAUGAACCUGUUAUCUCAAGGAAAAAUAAAACCUCUUCCAAAGAGUCACGUGGAAAGCGUAAGAAUACAAUAUUUGACAGUUCAAUGUCAUCCUCGGAUAAUGAGGAGGAGGAAGAUGAUCCUCAAUUCUUUCUGAAAUCUCUACAGAAGUCGGGUCCAAAAGAAGUGAAAGGUCGAGGCUUCCAACAGGGAAAGAAAGCAUCCAUUUUGGACAUUUAUUCCUCAGACUCUGAGGAAGACGAACAGUUCUCGGACCCUCCUUAUCGGGAAAUUGACAUCAUUUCCAGUUCAAAGAAAGACAAAGAAAAUAUCAAGAAGAAGGAAAUGACAACGGAAAGUUCAGAGGAUUUUUCAAGUAAGAAAGUAAAAGUUGUCAAAGCUACCAAAAAAGAGAAACCAUCAAUGUCUGCUAAAAAGGUCAACACCAAACGAAAGUCUACUCUCAGUUUCACGUCGGAUGACAAGGACGAGGACAGUGACUUAAACUUUGACCCCAAACCUAAGAAACCAUACGCAAAAUUGAAGAGCAAGAAAGAUGAGAAAAAAUUACCUAAACGUAAGAUAUUCUCUUCGACAUCUGGAAGCGAGAUGGAUGAAGAUUAUAGGCCUAUGAGUAUGUCCAAGCCGAUCAACAACAACAAAAAGAGCAUAAAGGAGAAGAAUAAGGCAAAUCAGAAAUACAAAAAGGAAAGCAAGAUGAAUCAUCCACUCAGUCUCUUGCAGUCGGACAGCGAUGAGGAUAAUACAGAGGAAACGAAACAUACUGGAUAUAUAAACAUGGUGAAGGCACAGACUAUCUCCGAACUGGAUCUCGACGAGGCCAGUUUUAAUCAGAAGGAGAAAAGUACAAAGGAGUCUGGGAAAAAAGAAAAUAUUCUGGUGUCCGAGGGGAAAUUAGAAAUUGGAAAACAAGCAGAAAAGAAGGAAGAAUCUUUUGGAUUGUUUGCCAAAAUGGAGGAUUUUAUUAGUGCUCAGUCUGAACUGGCAGAUGGUCCAAACAACCUGAAACAUGGCGUAAAUCGUGAAAAGACUGUCAAAAAGUCAGAUCUUGCUGACUUAGCCAAAAUCCAGCAGCUGUCGACCGAAAAGGUCAAAGGACACAAGAAAGAAGGAAAGAAGAAGAAAAAAGAUAAAAACGAGACCACCAAGAAAGGGAAAGAGAACACAUCAGUCCUGGAGAAGAGUUUAUCUUUGGAGAGUGUUAGUACUACCAGAGACAGCAUUGAUACAAUCAGGGAUGACUUCUCCAAGAAGGAUAACUCGGAUACGAGCACUGACCAAGCCAUCCACUUUUCUGAAACAGAGAUCGCUGCAGAGUGUAGUGUGUUGGAUGGUUAUGAUCCCAGCGUUGGUGCGGAAGACAGCAUUAGUACUGACCUGAGUUCCACACGCGACACUCGAAAAGAAGUAGGACUGUUCGCAAACUGGCAUUCCACCAUGGACGAUAUUACACACCAAGAAACGACUGCUACUGACCCCAUAACGGGAGAGUCCAUAAAAAUGAAGAAGGGUAAAAAGAAGAAGAAAGAUAAGAAAGAAGGCUCAGAGUCCAAGAAGAGUAAGAAAGAGAAGAAAGAUAAGGGAAUGAAAGAGGAGAUUAGCCAUAAGAAAGAAAAGAAGAAAGCUAAUAACGUGUUUGGAAAUUUCAACAAAUAUAUCGAGGAGAUAUCAAAUGAGCCAACACAUAUAACAGCCAGUGAAGAAAAGAGUUCGGUCGUUGAUUUUGCUGCAGUCAGUGAGAAAGAUCAAAAUGAAACACAACAAGCAACCUCUGCCUUGGAGAACAUAUUUUCUGAUUCCAACAGUCACAAGGAGCCACUAUUUGCGGCAUAUCUCAGACAAGAAGCCGCCAUAGCUAGCAAGAAAACGCAGGAUAAAAGCACAAAGGAAGACCCCAGUCAUGUUUCUUCUGCCAAGACAAAGUCUAUCUUUGGAAAAGUCAUCAACACUCCGGAGAAAACCGAUAACACCUGUCGUGAUAAAAGCAGUGUGUUCAGUUCACCAGACCAUGUUCAUCACAAUGCUUUGUCGGAGUCGUCCAUCCAUAAAGGACCCAACAAAAUUCAUUCCUCAGUGUCCGAGAAUAUUGACAGCAAAACUGGUCAUGAUUCAUCGAAGUCAAAAUCUUCGGACGACAUCUUGGGAUCAAAGUCGGAAACAUGUCUUGCUCCACAAAAGGUUGUUUCCGGGCACAAAGGUCACGCUCCUGCUCCUGCAGCCGACAUCUUUGAAUUCACAGAAGACGACGACAAUUCAGACAUCAUAACACCUGGUCAUUUAAGGAAAAGUCGGUUUGAAGGAGGCGAAAGAAAAAAAUCAAACAGUCUGUCAUUGUCUUGUUCCGAUACGGAAACACAGCUGGCGAAGGAAGCACCGAAACAUAAGGAGGACAAACAUAAAGAAACGACAGAGAUGGGGAAAUCCAAAGAUUCAGGUUUUGGUAAAGAUAUGGACUUUGGUUUUAAGGAACUUGGAAGUAGUAUAAGCAAGCCAACAGGUCUUAAAGAACUGGAAGGUAGUUUAAGUAAGCCAACAGAGGCAGACAUCACCCGGCAGAAGGAAACCGACUAUGUGCUGGAAAUUAUCCGAAAGGAGGAAAAGAAAUCAAAGAAGAACAAGACGAAAGACAAUCUCUUGAAAGGACAUUCAAAGGAGGAAGUUGUAGAAAAAGAGGAAGGAAAGAAUAUGUCCGAAAAGAAUACGCCACAUUCUUUCAUGAACUCCAUCAAAUGUGGUGACGAGGUACUGAACUUUGACGAGCCCUUGUUCCCAAUAAACACUGCACUGGAGCUGUUUACAGGGAUGAAGUCGCCAGACAAAACCGUAGACAGUUUGGAUAAACUGGAUAAACUGGUGUUAUCCUCGCCCAUCAACAAUGAACUGUCGAAAUCAGGGAAGAAGAAACAGAAGCGCAAGAAGAAGGCAAGUGGGGAGCCAGCCGUGGAGAAUUUGGAGCACAAAUUUGACAAUGUAAUGAAUUCUCCUGAAAUCAUCAGGCAGAAGCCUUCAGAACCCACUCCUCCUGCCAAAACACUUGAUAUUUCACCUUCUCCAGUUAUCCUACCUCCCCUGAAACCUUUUGCUUCACCAGAGGGUGCUAGUAACAACCCAGUAAAGGCAAUUGAACCCAAAACGACCCCCACCGAUGAUCUCACCAAGGAUACAGCUGCCUUGGAAGCACUGGAAACUCUGGAAGCAGUUUCAAGUCUUGAGCAUUUGUCUGCAAUUGAUGAGCCAAGACUGGUCAUUGAUAUUGACGUUCCCGAGUUGGAACCAGUCAAAUCAGUGGCUGAAGAACCAGCAGAGCCUGUGACAAUUCAGGCAGAGGAUGAAACGGCUCAAGCCAUUAUGUCCAUCUUGCCACUGGACGAGAAGACUGGAGAGUUUGUUCAACCGCGUCAAGUAGCCCCCGUCUCGGAAAUGGAGAUGGCAGCAGCUGUGGAAUCAUUACUGCCACCACCAGAGAUUGAAGUCAGUCAACCUGAACCGGUGAUUUUAUUCCAACCGGAACCUAUCGCCAGGCAGGAAUCACAGGAGAUAACUGUGACAGAACCAGUGCCCGCACCCGAACCAGUGCCCGCACCCAAACCAGUGCCCGAACCAGUGCCACAAUCAACUGUGCCACAAUCAACUGUGCCAGAGUCAACUCCUCUUCCAUUCCCGGAGUUGCAAGGGUUUACUCCUCUGCAUGAUACGAGCGCACCUCUGGUCAUCGACUCUGGUGACAAUGACGGUGCACUGCUCAUUGACACAAGUGCAGCAGACAGCAUCAUCACUACUCCUGGUAAAAAACCCAAAGGGACACGUGCACGCAAGAACAAGGGAACAAAGGCAAACAACAAGGGUUUCAAUGCAAUGACUGUGCCUCCCCCAGUGGUCGUGGAGCACAACAAGGAAACCAUUGGUCAGGCAACAAACCAGGCACUCAGGAACAAGUUGCAUGCCCAGAGCCAGGAGAGAAAUGAACCAGACCACAUUCAAGUCCCUGGGCUGUCAGUAGAUCUCAUAAAUCCACAUAGAGAAAUGCCCGUUGUAGCACCAACCUUUAACUUGAGUCUACCUAUUCCCACACCGCCGCCGCCGCCACCACUACCACCACCACCACCAGUGCAGCCAGUGGAAAUUACUCCCACCAAGUCACCAAAAGGUGGGGAGAAACGAGUCACUCGACGGCAACUCAAGCAACAGGCACAGCAGAAUGUGGAAACUACCGAGGGUCUGGCUAGCAACCCACAAGUGACGAGCGAUGCAUCAGAGAUAUUAAGUACGGUGCAAACAACACCCCAGGCUAGCAUUACUGAGGACACCAGUGACCCAGCUGUGCUAGGAUUCUCCGACAACAGCCUUGACCUUGACAGAAUGGAUGACUACGAUCCCAACAGACUGGUCAUGGAUGAUCAGAACUAUCCAAAUGAACCGAAGCGCACUCGUCGAGGAAGAAAGCCCAAGAAUUACAAGGAAAUGAAUUCUGGCGUUUUACCACGAACAACCUCUCCCAGAUCAAGGACAUCGCCAAGAUCACCAAGAAAUGUUACAUCGCCGAAGCAGUCAUCAUCACCCAAGUUACAGAAUUCACCGGCGGACAUUUCUAGUCCUGUAGUUAAAAUCGAGAGGCUUCCACUGACUUCAAAAAAUGUAAAGAAGGAUGGAGAGAUCAUGGAAAUGGGUAAAGACAAUAACAAACGAUUAGGAAAGACAAAUCUUCCUCAAAUGAUUGAUGUAUCCGAGUCCGAGUCUAAGGAUUUGGAGUCGUCUGCAAGCUCCAACACAGAAGUACAGCCAGCAGACCCGACCCACGUGUUUGACUUUGAGGCUAGUGAGUCGGAGCCGAAGAUUGAACCAGUGAGGCGUCGUCCAUCACGCAGGAAGCAGAAGGCGGAAAGCAGCGGCCAAGAACAGGAGGAUAAGUUCCAUCGUGAACAUUCUGCCGAGAGUAAAGUGGAGCAGCACAGACCCGAAGAGGCCCGAGUUCGAAGCCUCAGUACAGAGUCUGGUAUUAAAAUGAUCAUCAAUACUGGUACCACCAGCUCGCUACGUGCUAAUAAAGAUGCUCGAGCCAGCCGACACAAGGCUGAUAAACUGGACACCGACAACCAUGUGACAAAAUCCAGCAAGAAGUCGCAGGAUAUUGAAAAUACAAUAAAACUACCACGGUACCAAGUUGCAGAAAGUCAUGAUGCUUCGAUCCUCAGCAAAGCAUUGGAAGAUCCGACGCAGAAGCCACCCAUUGUGACCACAAUCAUUACUAAACCUACAUUGGUGGAGGAAGCGCCAUCUGUGGAGCCGAAAGUGGUGCCACCUGUUCAGGAGACUGUGGCACCCACCACUUCAACCGCACACCCUGUUACUACGCAUAGGGGCAAGAAGGCGGACAAGACCGAAGUGGUGCCACCUACAACCAACUCGCCAAUCACUCCAGCGACACCUGUCACUCCGAUGAGUAAUAUUGACCGUAUUAUUGACAAUGUGGCAAAGGGAAUUUUCGAGUUCGGGGAUGUUGAAAAUGCUGCCCAACAUAACGAACAAAUGAUGCAUGGCAAGAAACGAUACCAGGGCCGGAAUCAUGGGGCUGAGGUGACGCCCAAUAUGGUGAUGGACAGCAUGGGGAGACCACUCACAACGGUUAACGCUGGCCAUAUGGAGGGAUUCCAACAAGGAUCCAUCGGUGAGCCAACCUUGAACAUGCCUUACAGCAGACUCCCUCAUUCCAAGGAAGGUUUUCCCACCCCGAUCACGGGUCCUCCGAACGCCAUUGUCACUUCCUCAAUGAAGCCCUCGUACAGUCAGGCGGCAGGUCACGUGACUGAGCUGGGUAGUGGAAAGACUAAGUCUGUUGACAUGAUGCAUGGAACUCGCGUGUCCAAUCGUUCGUCAGUGCAGCACAGUCACCACAUUGCAUUAUCGCCCACACCUCAUCGACAGGGGGAACAUCACGAUAAGGCCGACACAGCCAAGCAGGGCAACCCCCAGCACGUGUCGCCUUAUCAUGUUGUCCCAACGUGCCACCAGGGCUUGUUGUCUGUGUCCCAGGGUGUCAUGUCGAUGCCAAUGUCAACACAGUCCAUUUCGACAACCAGCAAGGGGAUACCUCAUCCAGCAAUGACUAUGACGCAUGCUGGAAUGCCUGCACAGGAUGGCCUACGUCAGGUACAUGACAUCAUGGCACAGAUCAACCGUUCACAUCACAACGCAGAACAGGCCACCAAACAGAAGGGAUCUCAUGCAUCUGCCCAAAAUGCAGGUUACUUAGCUGAGCAACAGGGUGGAGAAAAGUCUGUAGGGUCAGUUGAGCGGCAGCCAGUCUCGUCUACGCCAAGUUCCACUACGGCAUCUGCUCCAACAUGCGUAGUCCAUCCUAUCACAACGUCUGCAUUUACGUCUAAACAUGACAUUCUGAAGCCUCCGGCUGGAAUCAUUACUGCGGCAAACUCUUCUGGUUCAAGUGUCUUGUCAUCAGUCAAAGAUCCAUUCAAGGUGCAGAUGAUGAGUCAUAUGCUCCAUGCUCAGGGAAAGGCCCAGGUUGAGGCUACAGUUCAGGAUCUAGCUAGCCGCCGUCAUGAUGGGAAACAGGAAACCUCAGUCCUCAAAACUGCAAGUCGUGCAGGAAAUGUUUCGCACCAGGUGGCGGUUACUGCCCAUGCUGGUCGCGAGUCCGCCCCUCAGCGUCCUCCCAGUGCGCACUCCCAGAUACAAAAGUCUGGUGAUCCACAGCCACCCCGACCCUCGAGUGCUCACGAACAGCUGACCCACCACCCUUCUUCAUCCAUCCACGAACACCUACGUAAACAGCCCUAUCCAGCAGGUUUGAAGAAUGCAUACCCCCACGGACAAGUGCCACCUCACUUGGUGGCCUACUACACCCAAAUCCAAAUGCUGCAACAGAAGGGAGAGUUUGAGAAGAACGGAGGGGCUGCAAUUGAUCUGCAGAAAAUGCCAAUAGGGUCUCGGACUGGGAUACCAGCUAGUGCAGCCACGACCCAGGGACCGUCACCACAUCCCAUGGCCCGUUCACCAGCACUCGCUCAGACAGCUCCCAGUCCACAACAGAUCAACCAUCCACCAUCCAGUCCCUCCCUCCAUAAAAAGGCUUUGGAGAAGAAUGCUCAAGUUUCUUCCAAAUGGCCCGAAGACUCCCGGAUGCGAGGACCCCACGCUCAGGCUACUGACAUUAUCCCUGCUAAUCAGCGAGAGGCAUGGAUGUAUGGUGUUCAGGGUUUGGCUCCUGCUCAUCAGCGAUCAGAGCAAGGCAUUAAUCUGUCGAGGGCUCAGCAACAAAGUCCGUCACCAAGGGAGACUGCUCACGCGCAGCAGGAGCAACAGCAACACAGAAUACAACAAGAAUUGUCACGGCGCCAGCAACAGGAUGCCAAAAACCGCCACCAGGUAGAGCUGCAGUUCCUACAACACCAGCAGUUGCAGCAACAGCAACAGCAGCAGCAACAGCAGCAGCAACAGGAGAAAGAGCAGGAGAGACAAAAACAGGAUUGGAAGAAACAACAGCAGAAACAACACCAGCAGGACCUUCAACGACAGCAACAACAACAGCAGGAUAUGCUGCGUCAUCUCCGUGAAGUUUCUGGCCCAGCAGCCCCCGACACUCGUCAGACUGCUCUUGUACACCCACGUUCUACUGUCCCAGUCCCUUCCACCCACACUACCGAAGAGAAAAGUGGAGCGAUGGAUUCCAUUCUUUCGUCAAUGCCAUUUCCCUCACCUGAUUUACGGCGCACUGGGGCACAGAACAUCAGUGCAUUUACACCACCAGCUAGCAGUUCUGAGUUAACACAGGGUAUUGCCACCUCUCACAUGUACAACCCUGGGAUGGGAAUGAUCCGUGUGCCUCUUAUUGACCCCAGCUUGAUGUACUCGCCACACAACAGCCCGGCAUUCAUUCCUGGUCAUAUCCCUUACAUCCACAGGGGUAUGCAACCUGAUGGACGCCCAUCGCCACACUUGACCCCUCAACCCCUCCACUCUCCAUCCCAGCCUGGGCAGGCUCUAACACAGCAGGGCCAGGGCAAACACGGUUCACAGGACAGCAUACAGAGCAUUCCAGGACGCUGUGUCACGGACACAUCACCAGCUGGAGAGGGCAGUCUCCUGUCAUUGCUUCAGAGAUACCCAGUAAUGUGGCAGGGAGUGUUGGCCCUCAAGAACGACAGUUGUGUCGUCCAGAUGCAUCUGAUCGCAGGAUUCCAGCAGCUUGUCAAACUGAGUUUGCCUCAGCAGUCAACUGACGGUACGGUCCAGCCACUCCGAAUCGCCCAGAGGAUGAGACUAGAGCCUACGCAGCUGGAUGGCGUCAUCAAACGGAUGAAUAUGGAGGAGGACUAUUGCAUGUUGCUGGCCCUGCCGUGUGGAAGGGAUCACAGCGACAUAAUCCAGCAAACACGGGCAAUGUCUAUGGGGUUUAUACAGUACUUACAGCAGAAACAGGCUGCUGGCAUCGUCAACGUCGCCGAUCAGGGAUCUCAACAGCCGGCCUAUGUUGUGCAUAUCUUUCCACCAUGUGAGUUUUCUCACGCCCAGCUCGGCCGACAAGGAUUUGAUCUGAUGCACCAAGUCAAAGAUCUGUCCCAUCUACUGGUCAUCAUUACGACGGUGGCCUGAGAUUUACUGACCAUUUCCUGGAUUGACCAUCACAAAAGUGACAGCUGGAUUUUAUUGAUUUAUUUGUUCAUUCUUGGAUUUACCUUGCUCGUCUAUCGUGGAUGGAUGUUAUAUAUUCAUAAAACGCGAUCGGAUCUUUACCAUCAUUUGUCUAACGUUAAUGGAUCUUACUGGAAUGUGACAUGUGCCCUCUUGGAUUAAGCUGGGAGGUGAUUACGAUUCAAACACCAGCAUGCCCCAAAUUAAGGGACAUACAGAUUAUGACAACAAUUCAUACCCUGGAUUUACUUUGUAUGAGAAUAUUUUGUGGAGUUUUGUUAUUCCAUGUCAACAGUCAAAGGGACAUAACUCCAGGUUGUUGUGGAUUUAUCUUGCAAAAUAGCGAGAUAUAUAGUUAUAUUUGUAUCUUCAGUGAUUAGUGAAUUAGUAAAUUAAGGAUUACGAGGACGAUGGGAAAUUCUUAGAGAAUUUAUUUGUUUUCAAGUUGAAUUGAAUGGAUGACUUAAAAGUGCUACAUGUUUUUGUGUUGAUCUUAUAUGUGUGAAAAUACUUCACGUUGGAGUGAUGUAAUUUAUAUAUACCCUCGUCCCUGUGAACAGAAAUGGAAUGCUCCAGAUAAGUGACUGGAAGAUGUCAUUCUGUGGUUCAGUGAGAUAAUUAAUUUGAUGAUAGUGUUUGACAUCUUAACACGAGGAGAAAUGUAGUGACACACGUUGGGGUAUACAAAGAUGAAGAAUUCCAAUUAACAACAGAUCUGUGCGUGUGCGUUGGCGCUAUGUUUUAACGCUAGGAAAAUUGGACAGCAUAUUCUGCUUGUCCUAUUGAAAAUAGGGCAAGCCUUUUGGUUAUUUUUUUAAGAAAAAGUUAACAGAAAAAGACAAAAAAACAAAAAACAAAAAAAAUAAUGUCCAAAUGAUUUUAUAGGACUUAAGUUGUAAGCACGCAAGAUGUUGGCCUGCUGGCCAGCGAUUAUGGUAGAACUGUUGCUCGUUUAAUUAACUAUGUGUUGUUAUGGUGUUUGUAGUACGUUACGUUGCCACGGAGACAAAGGUUGUAUAGACUGGUAUGACAGUUGAAUUAUGAACUUGUGGCAAUAUGUCGCAGUUCAAUUUUUGUGCUAGAAUUUCUGCGAAAGAAUGAAAUAUGCUAUACAUCUAUAUAUAUAUAUAUACAAAAACCUUUUUUUUUCUAGCUUAAAGUUAUUUUUAAUUCUGGUAUUUUUUCUUCUUUAGACUGUUACAGAUUAUCAUAUUUCAACCCCCUUCGGUACCUGUCUUUUUUCUUGUCAAUUUUGAGAUAAUGUGUUACUUUCUCUUUCUCUCUCUUAUUAUAGUGAUUAGAGAAAACAGGUGUUUGUAGACUUCAUGUGUUUCUUAGCAUCUUGAAGCCUGAUUUAGUGAGUUGCUUUUAUUUCUCCUAACUUGUUCUUCAUUGUCUUUUAUUUUUAAUUCUAAUGUUUAUUGUCAUUCUAUACUCAGUUUGAACAAUAUCAUUAACUAAGAAUCCAUACGACAGGUUAGUUACACACCCAAAAAAAAUCAUUACUAACAUUUUUUGUUGUUGAAAUGUUUAUCUUCAAUCUUUAGAAAUAAUUAUGAUAUAUAGAUUUGAGAAAUUGUUAUACGUUUUUUUUGUAUAUUCUCAGUAAAUCAAUUUUUUUUUUACCGAAUGAUGAAUUCUGAUGAAAUUGAAACUGAUUUUGCAAAUAUUAUUUAACUUUUUACACAUUGAUUGAUGAAGUGCUAUGCUUUUUGCUCUAAUGAAUUUGUCAAAAAAGCUAUCGAGUUAUAAAAAAAACCAUAUAUAUAUUUUUCAAUACAAUAAGCAGACAUAUGGAAUGAGAGUAUGGCUGAUCCUUGAGGUUUCAAUGUUUCUGGAUAAUUUUUGUUUCAAAUCUGUAAUCAUAUAAAGAGAGGUAUGAAUUCACGUACAUUUAUUUGAGAAAAUAAAAUUGUGCUCUGUGUGAAAUGAACCCAGUCUACAGAAGCCCAUAGAGAUGCUGCAAAGAAAGCAAGCUUAAGUGAUUUUGCAUGAAAAUCUUUCAUAACUUCCUAAAAGUCAAAAAGCUGAUUUUACUCCAAAGUAUUUUCAUUUUCCAAAUAAGUGUUAGCUAAAUAUGGCAGUAAUCCAUGAAAUUAGUCUAUGGUCAACGAAACCAGUUGUAAUGUUGAAAUAUACUGCAAGCUUACAGAAUAUAGUAAUAGUUAAGCAAAUCCACUGGUUGAAAAUGCUCAAUUUUAGGGUCCAAAAUGGGGAGAGUUAGCAAAUAUGAGAUUAACAACUGGGUACAAUACAACUUAUCAAGACACAGUAAAAUGUUUUUAAUCUGAGUAACCUGCUUUUCAACUGGUGAUUUUUUUUUCAAUACUGUGUUCUCUUGGGUGGUUCACUGAGAAAGAGGAUCUGGCUGAUUGGUCACAUGCUAUAACAUUGUGUCUAUAUCACGACCUAUACCGAUUCAGAUCAAUAACUGGUUUCAUGUUGAUGAAUAGCAGCCUACUUUUGCCAGCAAAUGGCUUUUAACUCAUUCACCCCUGAAGACACAUUUGAACUUUUCCAAUUAAAAGGUUGGAAUAGUUCAUUAUGAAGUUUCAGGGGUGAAUGAGUUAAUGAGAACAAUGCAAUUGUAACUCAAGUUUGCUUUUACUGUUGCUGUGUUCAUGUGAUGCUACUUGUAAGACUGGGUUGCGUAAGAAUGGAAUAUGUGUGUCCGUGUACAUUAGCGUGUGUGUUAGUGUAUACAUACAUGUGUGUGCGUGUACAUUAGCGUGUGUGUUAGUGUAUACAUACAUGUGUGUGUAAUAGUAGGUUUAUGUUGUUAAAGAGUGUGUGGCUAUUUGGUAUGUGUUAUAUUCCACUUGCUGUGAUACGACAGAUUUUUGCCAGAUAACCAGUGUCUGGAGUACGGUUAUUAUGGCAUUGCUUCUGUGCCAAAACAAAGUUAUCCUUCUUGUUGUUUCACCCAUCGCCAUGGAGACUCGCACGUUGAUGCUCCAUAGCUUUUCGUGAGAAUCUUUUUUUUUUCGCUAUCAUCGGUCGUCACCACAUCGUCAUUCGCUGAAGAAAUGAAUUUGCAUCAGGGAUCAGAUACAUGAAGCCAGUACGCAUCCAAUGUUGUUUUUUUUUUCAUCGUGGACAUUUAUAAUACGUAGGGAUUACUUCCCCUUGCUCACAAAGGUCAGAAUCUUGCUGAUCAGACAUUUGUAUCAUUCAGAGAUAUAUAUAUAGUCAUGGUAACAAAUUAUUUUCACAUAAAUCUUCACUUCCAAGGCAGCUAGAUACUUGAAACUUCAUUGUAAAUACCAUUGAUGUCUUUUUUGGUCUCGACAACUACUAUUGGUGCACAGGUUAAGGAUUUUUCUGUUUUUAUUAUCAUUGUGAACCAUAUUUAGAGGAUAAUUUAAGCACACUGCUAUCACUAAACAAAUAGAUUGGAUUGGAAAUUUCCAGGUUUUUUCCUCACUGUUACAGAUGUUAGAUUUCUAGUUUAUUUUUUGUCCUAGUUUAGUUUGUGAUAUUGUUGCUGUAGCUAUGAGUCCAGUUUUAAGGUGUUUUAUAGGUUUUGUUUUGCAUCUGUAUAAUUGAGCGAGUUUGGCUUGCCUAAACAUCAAUAGUAGUUGUCAUGAAAUGUGCAUACCUCCCCAUAAAAUUUGGCUGGUGAACAUCUAUCUUGAUACCGAAACCACUGAAAGAAGCUACCCGACACUUGUCCACCAGCUAUGUACAUAUAGUAACUCAUGCUGGGUUCGGUGUAAAGACUGAUGUUAUUCUGUUACCAUGGUAACAACUUGUUUUGUUUUGUAAUAUAUCUGUGGAGCUUUAGACAAAAGUAUUGAUAGUGUGCAAUGUGAAAUGAUCUCAAUACCUUGAAGAGUUCCCCCCCAUGAUCGUUCUCUCCACCCCUUCCCCCUCGUGAUGUCAUGCUGUAGAUAUUUAACAUUGUAAAUAUGGAUGUAUAUAUAUAAAUGUAAAUAUUUGUGUACAGACCAGAUGUAAAUAUAUGUAAUUGGUAGAUAACCCCUCCCACUUGUUACAUACAGUAUAUAUAUAUACAUGAUUGACACCUGCUGCUCUGGCAUUAAAGGGGCGUUUCCCUGUUUAAAGGGACGGGGUUCCACUGUAUAUAUUCAUAUAUAUAUAUAUUAUAAAUAUAUAAAUAUUGUAAAUGUGAUACGCCAGACAUGAAGAAAUGUAAAUUACGUCUACCUGUAGAACAUAAUGUUUGGUGUACACUGUAUGUGUGUUUUACAAGUGUACACUGUGUGUUUGCGCUGUAUUUAUGAAUAUACGGCUCCAGAUAUGUAUAUAUGUGUUCCACGGUGAAUGUAUAUUAUGGUGUAACAGCUGUUGAUGUGUAAUUGAUGACUGGUGUAAAAAUAAGAGUGUAAAUUAUAUAUAUAUAUAUAAACCCAGUGUGCUGUUGUGUUUACAAAUGAGAGCAAAUGAGUGCAGAAUUUGAAUGAAUGGUAACUCACAAAUUAUGGAACUAUUUUCUGAGGAGUGACUGUGAUGGGUAAUUGUGACUUGUAGAUGCUACUGUUUUUGGUAGUGGAUCAGGUAUGGGAUAAUUUAACAUUUUUUUCUCAAAACUGAUUUUUUAUCUACAUAUGAUUCAUAUAUUGAAAGUUCAUUUCAAGUACUUCAGGUAACUCAAACUUAUUAAUUUAUUAGUCACAGAUAAAAAGGAAACAUAAUUUUGGCAAGAUUUUAUCGUUAACAAAAAUGUUUACAUAACAUCAAUAUACAAAGAUUGUCUGCUAUGUACAGCUUGAAGAAGCAGAUUUUAUAAUUACCAUACAUCAAACCAAGGUUGAUACAAAAACAAAUCCACAUUUUUUUAGAACGAAUUUGUUUGAAUUCAAAUUUAUUUCACUUUAAAUAUAAAAGAGAAAAAUGAGUAAUAUUGGAGCCGAAUUCACAACACAACCAGGUCAAUCCAGCUUUUUAUGCGAGUAUGUGCUAAAUUGCAAAUAUUUAUGAAUUACACAUGUAAAACUUACUUAUAUACAUAGUUUCUUCCCCUUCAUACUUACAAUAUAUUGAACCCUUAUAGACCAAAUAAAUUACUACAAAUUCCUCUUGCUUUCCGGUCGUUGGGGUCUCAGUUUAUUUGCUGGAAUCCAUACCUGGUAGUUUACACCCUGUGUCCCUCAUGUCUUGAGCGUCUCCUACGCUCGCGAUCGCUACACACAAAGGGAACAAUGGGUGAUGUGAUGGGUGUAUGUGUGGUUUAUGAAUACAAGUGUAAAUGGGAUGUUUGAGAUAAAAUGUGAUGAAUGUUUGAGUGAACAAGUCUUUUUAAAAAAAUGUGUGUUUCAGGUUUUUCUGACAAACUCCACUGUUCUUUCUAUUUGCCCAUCAUGGCCAGAAAUGUUUUAGCGAUAUUUGAAAAUUUUUUUUUUUUUUUUUUAUACAACUCAUACAGGUACAGUAACAUACAGAAAAUGUCCUAAAUCUCAUAUUUAAACAUUGUUUCUGAGUACCUUAAUGUUUGUCGUGACGAAAUGUUAUAUCCGUUCAAUUUUUCAGUUGUAAAAAAUCACAAACAAAAAAAAGAAGAUAGUUGCACACAGACUUUCCUAUGUUUUGGAGUUGUGAAACCUGAAAUACACAUAUUUUUAUAAGGACUUGCACAGGUACAUGUGUAGUAUAUAUGGAGAAUUUGAUUGUACAAUUUUUUUCGCUUAAUAUUAUUGGCAGCAGUUGUGAUGAGGUAGCGAAAAAGGUUCCGUUAGCUGUAUUCUGGUAGAUAUUGUACAGGGGGUCGCUUGUCAUGUCAGAGUGCUUCAUCAUAUCACAAUAUUCUCAUGACACGACUGACAUUAAUUAAAUAUGAAGCUAAUCAUACA